UGUAAGCGACAAGUGCAAUUGAAUUAAAAGUAAAAAGUACAGAAUGGCAUCGUGACGUUCAUAAAAUAAUUGCACACGCAGACUUUUCAGUACGUACGAUGUAUGUACUAGACCAAGUAUGUGCGUACGUGUAUAACUUCACACAUGCUCAAAUAUUGCUAGGUGUGUAACGCCUUGUUUAUAACUUAUACGAUGUAUAUCGUUAUCAGAAACUUGAAAUGCUAAAGCCUAAAUUACCUAUAUAGUUCUAGGUAAACGUUUGAUAUCUAUCAAAAUAUUGACAUGCACGUGCAGACUAUAGCUAUGAUUACUAUUAUCAUUAUAAUUAUUAUCAUUUGCGACGUUGGUACAAUUAUUGUGAUCAUCAUCAUUAUAUUGACUCUUCAAUGUAUCUCCUCGUGCAUGUGGACUCGUUCUGGUUACUUCAAACCUCUUGUCACUACGAGCUUUGGCAGAGCGGCGGUCUGUUCGAUCGUCUGCCCUGAAAACUGACUGAUUAUAAUCGCGAUGCAGAGAUUUCACGGUGCGAAUCUUAAAAUUUGAAUAAACCGACUGUGGGAACCGUUCGGACAGCGAUCAAUGUGCAUUUAACCAUAGCCAGAAGUGCGGUGCGAUAUUUUUUUUAUCGAGCAAUAUCGUUAAUGAUCGUCUUCCUUCUUCUCAUGUUGAUGGGAUCGCAUGAGAUACUUGGGAAAAUUUUAACAACUCAGUGACGAAGAAUUGCGAUGGCGAUAUCGACGUGGAAAACUUGCUGUUCCGUUAAUAGUAAAAUGCGGAAAGUUGCGGAAUUCGAAGAUUAUUGUUGAAAAUACCACGUGCACGUUUUAAUUAAUGAGUCAGACAGUAAGUUAAUUGCGGGUGUACACGUACAAGUAAACGUGAUACAUAUCUGCUCGUGUACGUGCCAGAAUUCCUCAGCGAUGGAUCCUCGCCGUCAUGGGACUCUUGGGUGUGACGAACGCUUACACCAUGAGGAUAUGCCUGUCGAUAGCCAUAACGGAAAUGGUCGCCGCAGGGGAAACAUCGACGAACGACACCAACGGGGAUGACACUUGUCCGUCGUACCAAGGCAAUACGACGAGCACCAACAACUCCGGUGGCAGUUUUCACUGGGACGAAUACACGCAGGGUAUAAUAUUAUCCAGCUUCUUCUGGGGAUACGUGAUAACGCAACUCCCCGGUGGUAUUUUAGCCGACAAACUCGGUGGCAAAUACACGCUCGGAUUGGGUAUAUUUUCGACGGCCGUAUUCACCCUACUCACCCCGAUAGUAGUCGAAACGUACGAUUCCACGGGGCUCAUAGUGCUCAGGAUUCUCAUGGGACUCGGCGAGGGGACGACUUUCCCGGCCGCGAACGUCCUCAUAGCUCAAUGGGCCCCGCCGCACGAAAGAUCGAAAAUUGGAACGGUCGUUAUGACCGGUUCGCAAGUCGGAACUAUCGUUGGAAACGCUUUGUCGGGUGUCCUGAUAUACCAUUCGGCGAUCGGUUGGCGGAUAGUAUUUUACGUUUUCGGUACGGCUGGAGUCGUUUGGUUUCUGGCCUGGGUUGUUCUCUGCUACAACCACCCGGACGUUCAUCCGUUCAUAACGGAAGCUGAAAAGAAGUACCUUCACGACACGAUGAAGGAACAUACCCAUAGGAAGUCGCGGCCGACGCCGUGGAAGAGGAUACUACUGUCGGUUCCGCUGUGGGCACUAGUUGCCGGAAAGGUUGGACACGAUUGGGGAUUUUACACGAUGGUAACCGAUCUCCCCAAGUACAUGAGCAACGUUUUGAAAUUCUCCAUACAAGCGAACGGUUUUCUUUCCGCUCUGCCUUACGUUUUGAUGUGGGCGGUCAGCCUGGGCGCCUCGUUCGUCGCCGAUUGGUCGAUCAAAGCGGGGAAAGUAUCCAUAACAAAUGUUAGAAAAAUUUGUACGACGAUAGCCUCCGUUGGUCCGGCUAUUUUCAUAAUCGUGGCUUCGUACACCGGAUGCGAUCGAAAUAUCGUCGUCAUUCUAUUCACCGUCGGAAUGGGUCUGAUGGGUCCGUUCUACCCUGGGAUGAUGGUGAACGCCAUAGAUCUCAGUCCGAAUUAUUCCGGCACUCUGAUGGCGAUCAUGAACGCGUUCGGAGCUUUGACCGGAAUCCUUGCGCCGUACGUGGUCGGUGUUUUAACGCCAAAUCAAACGAUCGGGGAAUGGAGAUUCGUGUUUUGGAUAACGUUCGUCGUUUUCUUCGCCUCUAAUUUGGUGUUCAAUCUUUGGGCAGACGGCGAAAUUCAACCGUGGAACGAUACGGGAAAGUCCAGAUCCGGAAAAAACAUAGAGAACAUUGAUUUAGCUGGUCGUCAACCGUCCGCUGUACAGGCCAGAAAUCAUAGAUAAUUACCGGACCGUCAUUUGCAUCGCAGUCAUUCAAAUUUUAUUGUUCUAAUCAUUCGCUAGUCCUUCAUUUUCAUUCAUAUUCAUUUACCCUCCAAAUUUUAUCUGCCGAAUAUUUAGUUAUAAUGAAUCGAAAGUGAGGAGAAAACAACGAAAAAUAAAUCUUACACUUUUUUUUUUUUUAUCUAACGACCUA